AUGUAUGAUAACUGUCGCCUCUUUCAGUCAUCGAGAUAUUUCCCAUUUCAGAUGCUGAUCUCGCUAGGCAGAGAUACUAUCAAAAGACUGCUGCAGUUCCCUCGGACGCAGAAGACGCUCAAAAAGUCCGAGGUGCCCCUACUCUUCCACGAGCCAGGCAUCGAAACCGGCUACCGUCCUCCGAACAAACCAUGGACAUACUACUUCAUCAGCGCAUUCCAGCUUCACAACGAAUCCAUGAACAUCUGGACUCAUUUAAUCGGAUUCUUCGUGGUAGGAGCAGCAAUGGUCUACUACCAUCAGAAGCUAAACUUUUUGAGUGCGCAGUUGUACCCGAUGGUGAUCUUUGGAUUGACCUGCCUAGCGUUUUCCCUACUCAGCACGGCUGCACAUCUUCUUGAGGCAAAAUCAUUUUUUGUCCACCAUUUUGCGUAUUUUCUUGAUUACGCUGGAGUCGGUCUCUACGGCUUCGGUACGAUGACGAUUCUAUCAUACUACAGUGCGGACAAGCGGAUUUUGCAGUUUUUCGGAGCCUAUUUCACGCCAGUGAACGCCAUCAUGGCAGUCACCUCUUGUUUCUGCAGUUGCUACGGGAAGCUUAGCUACAUGCGGCCAUAUCCUAUCCAGAGGAAACUCUUGAACAUUGUCGGGAACGCCGUCCACCUCGUUCUGUUCGCAGGCCCAGUAUUCUGCCGAAUGUUCACGGAAGAUGCGUCACAAACUGACCAAGUCCGCGCUAUAGCUUUUAAUAAACAUCUCUCAUGUUUACUGACAUUCGUCAUCGCCGUGACAUUCUUCGCAACCCACUUGCCAGAAAAAUGGUGCCCAGGGAAAUUUGACAUUUUUGGCUACAGCCACGCGUUUUUCCACAUAUCUGUCAUAAUUACGGUUUUGUUGCAGUUCGACGCCGCUGCCUAUGAACUGGGGACCAGAGACAUGGGUGAAACCUUCAAAUGGUUGACUGAGCCAUUGUCUUUAUUCGUUUACUUGAUGGCCGUUUUGGUGGCCGAUGCUGCCAUUAUCAUUAGCUUUCACGGAAAGGCUAAAGAAAUUGCGGAAAAAUACGAAAAACAGAUAUCAUGA